AUGACCCUACUCCAGACACUCCCAGCUCCAGCCCAUCCAACCAUAGAAGAUGACGGAACCGAAGCUGAGCAGGAACCAGCCUCUUCGUCGAGCCAUGAAGUGCUCAUCCACGAAAUCCCUCCGUAUGGCGCCCGAAAGGACUGGAAACCCCGACUACCCGACCAUUUUGGUGAUGGUGGUGCCUAUCCCGAGUGCCAUAUCGCCCAGUACCCCUUGGAAAUGGGACGGAAGAAACAUACCUCGAUUGGAAAUACGCUAGCGUUGACAGUCGAUGGGGAAGGGAAGAUUGAUUACACGAAGAUUGCCAAGCAAGGACAUCGAGACGACCGACACGUCCAAGCACAAUUCAAGGACCUAGUCCCACUUGCACAUCGAGUCGAUCUGGAUGACUCUGCACGAGAGAUGGAGCGGCCCUCGGCCGAGCAGGUUCAGGCCACCGCCGACCGCACUCGAAUGGCCCUCGAAAAACAAACCAACAUUCGCAUCAAGGCUGCCCAGCCAAAACAUGUACCCGAGACCGGGGGGAACGUCAGCUUUGUUCGAUACACCCCCAACGGCGAGGAAGGCAAGCAACGGAUCAUCAAGAUGGUCGAGUGCGUCGAAGACCCUCUCGAACCUCCGCGCUUCAAGCACAAGAAAAUCCCACGUGGCCCCCCCAGUCCGCCUGCGCCCAUCCUCAGAAGUCCGCCUCGGAAAAUCACCAGUGAAGACCAGAAGGCUUGGAUGAUCCCCCCUUGUAUUUCUAACUGGAAGAACAAUAAAGGUUACACGAUUCCCCUCGAUAAGCGUUUAGCUGCUGACGGUAGAGGUCUCCAAGACGUUAGUGUUCUCCAUCUGCACUACAUCACACACAUACUUUCACCUGUAGCCUCUCGAACAGCUGCUGACCAUUUGCUAUACAUUUGUUCUGUAACACUCCAGACACACAUCAACGACAGGUUUGCUCAACUAUCAGAAUCACUAUACGUUGCGGAUCGACUGGCAAGAGAAGAGGUCCGACAACGCUCGUUAUUAGAACAGCGUUUGGCGCAGAAGGAGAAGGAGCAGAAGGAGGAGAACCUACGACAGCUUGCGCAACGGGCACGAGAAGAACGAUCAGGGAUUCCGCGCGUGGUAGCCGGAGCAUCGAAGGGGAACAACAUGUCGGCAGCGUUAGCGGGAUAUGGGAGUGAUACGGACUCUGAAGGCGAUGGUGGAUCCGAGCGUGGUGGUCGUCGGUCGGAGAAAGCGGGCGGAGACGAUAGCGAAGAUGACGGAGGCAGCGAGGAUCUGGACGAAGAGGCGGCGCGUGCACGAGACGAACUCAGGAAGGAGCGCCGCAAGGAGCGGGAGCGUGAGAUGCGGAUGAACAACAUGGGCAACGAGAAACGCGCACAGCAUUUCGCGCGGACCCAGAACCGGGACAUCGGCGAGAAGAUCGCCCUGGGGCUGGCCAAGCCGACGAUCUCCAAGGAGUCCAUGAUCGACUCGCGGCUCUUCAACCAAGAGAAGCUGAACGGCUCGUUCGGCGACGAGGACUCCUACAACCUCUACGACCGCCCUCUCUUCUCAGGCGCGUCUGCCGCGGCGGCGAUCUAUAAGCGGGGCGGGGCGGCGGCUGACGAUGAGCCCCCGGCGGCUACUGACGAACGAUACGGUGGAGGGACCGAAGAAGGCAUCAGCCAUGCUAUGCGCAACGACCGUUUCGGGCUCGGGGUGGCUGGCAAAGGCUUCGAAGGCGCCGAACUGCAAGAGUCUCGUGAUGGGCCUGUCCAAUUUGAACGGGAUACGACCUUGAUAGCCUCCGAUCCCUUCGCGAUCGACGCGUUCUUGGACGAGGCGAAGAAGGGCGUCAAGCGCGGCUUGGAGCCUGCCCCGGGCAGCUCGUCCAAAUCCCGAGGUGACGAUCCCCACGAUUCUAAGAAACGCCGCGGCUGA